AUGGAAAACAAGGCCUCUCAGCCUACAGAAGAUGGACAAGAAUCAAACUCUACGACCAAGGCUGUAGCUGAAGUGCUUGCUAACCACACUAAGAAGCUAAGGUUUCUUCAGCAUGUGGGGAUCCAACAUGUCCAUGCGAGAUCUAGCGAUAGCAACUGUCAAGCAGAAUUGGCAAAGAGGGGCAAUGUUGAGCUUCGAGCUCUUGUUGACACCUUGACCAAGCAGUUGAAGGAGUCCGAAGAAGCAAGGAUCAGGCAAGACGAGGAGCACAGGAAGAGAGAUGAGGAGAACAGGAAGAAGCAAGCUGAGAUGGAUGCAAAACUAGACUUUUUGUUAAGUCAGUUGCAAGCAAGAUCAACUCAAGGGUAA